AUGGCUACGCCUGUCGCCGAUGUGGGCGCAGCCACGGCCCAGGAUGUCGCCCAGUAUCAUCAGUACAAUGACUACGUUGAAGUCGUAGACGAAUCGUCCCGAGCGCACGACCUGAUCGAAGCGCACAUGGUGCAGGACUCGUCCGCGCCGAGCGUGUGCGCCUGGGACGGCGGGUGGACGUAUGGGGAGCUCGAUCGGCUUUCGUCAGCCCUGGCAAGCCGACUGGCGGCAUGCGGCGUGGGGUGCGAGGACUUCGUCCCCGUGCUUGUGCCCAAGUCGAAAUGGACCGCUAUUGCCGUGCUCGCCGUGGUCCGCAGCGGCGCGGCCUUUGUGCUCCUAGACGAAGCGCACCCGCAGCGCCGUCUGCGCGAGAUUUGCUCUGAGAUGCACGCCACCAUGGUUGUGGCGGCCGAGGGCCUGCAGAGCCGGGCCAGCCAGCUGGUCGACGGCAGCCCUGUCUUCGCAGUGGGUGCGUCGUCCCUCCUAUCUGGCGUGGCCGACGACGAAGCUUGGCGUGCGUCGCCUGUCACCGGGGCCAGCGCGCUCUACGCCGUCUUCACGUCGGGCUCUACGGGCCGUCCCAAGGGGGCGGUGGUGGAGCACGCCUCGCUCUGCGCUGCGGCCUUGGCGUCAGGGCGGGUGCUGGGCAUGAGCGCCCAGAGCCGCGCCUUCCAGUUCGCGUCCUUCGCCUUUGAUCCCACCAUCAUGGACUUCCUCCGCACGUGGAUCCAUGGCGGCUGUGUGUGCAUCCCCUCGCCUCAGCAGGCAAGGGACGACGUCGCCAGUGCCUUCACAGCGCUCCGGGCCAACAUGGCCAGUUUGACGCCCUCGGUAGCCCGGCUGCUGGACGCUGAAGCGCUCCCGGGCCUGCGCGUGCUUGAGUUUGCGGGCGAGCCUAUGCUCCCAGCCGACAUAGACAAGUGGGCGGAUCGUGUCGUCCUCGUUAACGCGUACGGCAAUGCCGAAUGCUCUGUAUACUCCAUCAUGCGCUCUCCAAUGCGCCGUGACCUCCCUCCAAACAAUAUUGGCUACCCCGUGGCCUGCGUCGCGUGGAUCGUCGACGAGACGGACGCCAACAUCCUACUCCCGCCGGGCCAGACUGGCGAGUUGGUGCUCGAAGGACCCGGCAUCGGCCGUGGCUACCUCCAUGACGCCGCCAUGACAGCCACGGCUUUCAUUGUCGAUCCGACAUGGCUAGCCACAUUUCGGGGCCUCCCGCCGCGUGGGACGCGCCUGUACAAGACUGGCGAUCUGGCGCGAUACCAGCAGGACGGGUCGAUUCUGUGCCUGGGUCGUAAGGAUACACAGACCAAGAUCCGCGGGCAGCGCGUUGAGCUAAAUGAGGUCGAGUGGCACAUUCGGGACCAGCUUGAGCGCGACGACGACGUGGUCGUCGAACUAGUUCGCUGGCACGGUGCCGACCAAAGCCGGGCGGCGCUCGUGGCCUGCGUUCGGCUGCAUCAGCCUUCGCGUGCCGCUGAGGAACCCCCGGAGCAAGGCGAGCUGCUCGCCCCACCCAGUGAGCCCUUCCGCCGCAAGAUGGAGGACGUGGAGCGCGUCCUCCAGUCUCGGGUGCCCGCGUACAUGGUGCCCAGCGCUUUUGUUGCGCUGCAACGUAUGCCUCUUUCUCUUUCAGGCAAGACAGACCGCAGGCGUCUUCGAGAACUUGUUGCCAAGACACCUUGGGCUGAAGUGGAAGCCUAUAUGCUGGCGGCGAGGACAGAUGACUCGCCCACUCUACUAACUACAGAGGGGGAGCGGCGGCUUCGAAACGCCUUUGCACAUGUCCUGGGCGCCGACCAAACCGCGUGGAAUCCGCAUCUCGAGCGCCUGAAUCUUCGCGAUGGACCGUUACUUCUGGCCCAGCUCGUCGGUGUGGAAGGCACUGGGCCUCAGUACCUGCAUCUAGCAGCGCCCGAGGUCGUAGUCGAUCAACUGUCGUGGGACAUAAUUACUCACGACAUUCGUAAGUAUCUGGAGUCAGGCGCCGCCCCAGCACGCGUAGCUACAGGGUUAUUCCAAUCAUGGUUGGUUACGAAGUCGCUACGAUUGACGAUCGAAGCCGUUGAGGCAAAACAGACACUACCGUCGUUGCUUGGGUUCGUGGAUGCAUGCACGACCACUGACCUACGUCCUCCCAAUAAGCCUUUGGUCCAGUUCGAGCUGGAUGCGGGUACAGCCACCACAUUAUGGAAAACAAGUGUUGAAGCACUUCGUGCCGAUCCCAAGGAGUUAUUUCUGGGAGUUCUAUUCCAUUCAUUGAAGUCCAUCUUCCCAGAUCAAGAGGACGUUUUCAUGCUUGUCGAGCAUGAUGGGCGAACGCGCCAUGUAGUGCACGAGGUGGGUCAAUUUACUUCGUACACAUCGCUGGUUCUGUCGGCGAAAGAUACAGAUUUGCUUGGCGUCGUACGUCACGCAAAAGACGCCUUUCGAGCUGCAUCCAGGAGGCACGAUGUCAGCCGCAUGCGGGCUGGUCAGAUAUCCAUUGUCCUGCACUGGAAUACCAAGGAGGCCCUCUCAGCAUCUGCCACCGAGUCCGAAUCCGAGAUGCGCCGACUGUUCCAGCCAUCGUUCGAUUGGACAGGGCAUGAGGCUUCAUUACCACGUCUCCAGCCGGGUACCCUCGACGUUGUGGUGACAUGCACACAGGAACUUCCAUCCCUCAGUGUACAGCUGGUGAGUGCCCAAGAAGAGUUGACCGAAGAUUGUCUGCGCCAGUGGUUUGAAUGUUGCCGGACCUCGCUGGUCGAGAUUCCACAGCAAUGGGGCGAAGUCCAGCUCCAGCCACAACUCAGUGACUUUCCCCAGCUCGACAUGAGCCAAGAAGACUUCAGGUCCGUGAUCGACGACCUUGCACAGAACCAAAGGUUGGACAUGUACGAUAUGGAAGACAUAUACCCAACCGCAUUCAUACAGCAAGGUAUGCUGCUCAGCCAGGCGCGCUGCCCCUGGACGUACAGUUCCUCCACCACCUGGGAAGUGCGGUCACGCGAUGGGCAUCCGCUUGACCUAGCCCGGCUGCGUGACGCCUGGGUGAAGACAGCCAUGGUUCACGCCAUUUUACGGACAGUCUUUGUACAAGACCGUAAUGGGGCGUAUCACCAAGUGGUCCUGAAAAAUCCCCGCCUAGCCUUAGUGGUGCGCCACCUUGAUGGCAAGCUUUCCGCAUCGCCCCGGAACGAGUGGGACGAAGAUGAGAAGCCCAUACUUCCAUGGAAGAUUAAACUCGUGGCCAACGAGUGUGGUGAGAUGGUAACUUGUGAGCUCCACAUCAGCCACGCCCUAAUGGAUGGCGACUCGAUGCGUGUCCUGGUUCGUGAUGCCGGACUGGCGUACGAUGGAAAUCUCCAUGCUCUGGAGCCUCCACAAUAUGGCCAAUACAUUGAGUACCUGCGUCAGUUGCCCCAAGAACGUGCUCUCGAGUAUUGGAAAACCUACCUCCGGGAGACGGAGCCUUGCCUCUUUCCCCUCUCUGAUAGUAUUGAGCCCCAGACUGCUGAACGACCCCUUCAAAACAUUGAAAUUGUGCUGGACGACUCUUCGGGCCUCCGCCACUUCUGCGAAACGGAGGGUGUGACGCUAUUCAAUGUGAUACAGCUCGCUUGGGCCAUUGCGCUCCAGUGUUACACAGGAAACAAUGCCCCCGUCUUCGGUUAUCUAACGUCGGGUCGCAAUAUCCCCGUCAAUGGCGCCGAGGAUAUUGUCGGGCCACUGAUCAACAUGCUGGUCAGCCGAGUCGAUCUAGAUCGAGGCGUCAGUGUCAGACAUGGUCUUACGCAGUGCCGCGAUCGCUUCACGGAAAGUCUUCCCCACCAACAUUGCGCCUUGUCCGACAUCUACCGUGUGCUAGGGCAUUCCGGUGCUGGACUCUUCAACACUAUCAUCACAUACCAGAAGGAUGUGCCCGUGGAGGCCAAUCAAAGUAUCAAAUUUGAACAAAUUUGGGAUCAACAACCCACCGAGUUCGAAAUAGUCGUGAAUGUCAUCGUCUCUCGCGAUACCAUCGGCAUUUCUCUCAUCCACGAAGUUGGCAAACUUUCGGACGCUAUGUCAAGUAGUCUCGGGCGCACAUUCAGCACCGUCAUCGCUGACAUCGUUGCGCGUCCGGAUGCUAGCGUGUCCGAGCUGAACCUCGUCAGCGACCCUGACCUGGCCCGCAUGCUCUCCUGGAACAGCCCUCCUGCCACACCGGUCAAUGAGCCCGUACAAGACCAGAUCCAGAGAAUGUGCCUUCAGUUCCCCGAGCGGCUGGCCAUCGAUGCUUGGGACGGCGCCCUGAUAUACCAUCAGCUGUGGGACCACGCCAACCGUCUUGCUGCGGUGCUGCGGUCUCACGGCGCGAAGAGCGAGAUGCCCAUUCCUAUGUGUCUUGAAAAAUCAGUCUGGGGGCCGGUCAGCAUGUUGGCGGUCUUGCUGGCCGGCGGGGUCUGCGUACCCAUUGACCCUAAGGCGCAUGUUGAGCGAGUGCAAGCCAUUAUCGAGGAGACAUCCCCAUCCAUUAUCCUGGUUUCGUCCCAGACCGCCCAGAUUGAUUUCGGUUGCCCUUGCAAGAAAGUCGUUGUAUCUUUCGAUAUGCUUGCCCUCUGGUCGAAUCGAGAGGAUGCGACUACAAGCGCCCAUGUGCGACCUGAAAGCGCUGCUUUUUUGUUAUUCACUUCAGGAAGCACAGGUCGUCCCAAAGGCAUCAUCCUGCAGCAUAGUAGCCUUAGCACGUCAUUUCGGGAACAGCGAGACCGUCUGCUCAUGGACUCAGCGUCUCGAGUCUUGCAUUUCGCAUCCUAUACCUUUGACGUCAGCGUUUUCGAAGUACUUACCACUCUCACGGCGGGAGCAUGCAUCUGUAUUCCUUCUGAAGCCGCGAGAGUGAACGAUCUGCCUGGGUUCAUCCGCGAUAGUCGGAUAAACUGGAUGAUAUCCACGCCGUCGCUCUUCCGCUUAUUUCAGCCCGAGACCAUAAGUAACGUGCGCACAGUAAGUCUGGCAGGAGAGAUCAUACCGCAAGACAUCAUCGACCUCUGGGCAGGUCGGGUGCAGCUGUUCAACGCCUACGGUCCAGCCGAGUGUACCAUUUGCACUACUCACAAGAUCGAACUCGAUACUUGGAUUCCUGGUACGAUUGGACGCCCUGCUGGCGGGGAGGCAUGGGUGGUGGAUCAGUUCAACGUCAAUCGACUCGUGCCGGUGGGCGCGGUAGGAGAGCUGCUUUUUCAGGGCCCUGUAGUAGCCCGGGGGUAUUUCCAGCGACCGAAUGCCACAGAAAAAGCUUUUCUACCAGGGCGGACACCAUGGCUACCCGCCUCCUUUUCUGAGGGUCGAGGUGCCCUAUAUCGGACGGGAGAUCUAGUGUCCUACAACAUCGACGGGACUUUGCGCUAUUUGGGACGCAAGGACACGCAGGUCAAGCUUCGCGGGCAGAGAAUCGAUUUGGAGGGCAUUGAGUCCCAGAUCAGGCGCCAUCUUCCUACCGACCAUAGUGUUGUAUUGGAUGCUGUUCAAACUAACGAUCAUGACAACACUAAGUUUCUGGUCGCCUUUAUCCAGCCAGGGUCGGGGAGCGAGGGUGAUGGAGUGGAGCUGAUGGUAGCUGGCGAGAGCUUCCGCGCUCUUGUUUACGGCGCCCAAGCUAAGCUUGCUGCUACCGUGCCCAACUACAUGAUUCCCCAACUGAUGAUCCCCGUCACGCGCAUACCCAUGUCCAAGACAGGCAAGACCGAUCGCCGGCUCCUGCGGGAGGCGGUGUUGGCACUAUCGCGCGCAGACCUUGAAAGACUGGUCUGGGCGCAAGACGGACCAAAGCCGCAGCCGACCACACCAGCUGAAGAGGCGAUGCAGCGUCUGUGGGCCGUUGUUCUCAGCCGUCCCAAAGAGGCUCUCGGUAUCCAGGACGACUUCUUCCACAGCGGUGGAGACUCAAUCAUGGCUAUGAAGCUGGUGGGACUUGUGCGUGCCGAAGGCUAUUCACUGGCCGUCUCGGACGUCUUCCAACGGCCCACACUGGCCGGUCUGGCGGCGGGAUUAAAGGAAACCGCGCCUCUGUCAAAAGGCCUACAGUACGUUCCUUACAGUCUCAUACCGCCAGAUCACCGGACGCAGACACUACGGGAAACGGCUAUGGAGAGUUGUGUCGUGGCAUCAGAUGAGCUCGAGGACAUCUACCCGUGCACGGCGCUCCAAGAGGGCCUCAUGAGUCUCACCAUCAAGCACCAAGGCUCGUAUGUUGCACAGUAUGAGUAUGAACUCGGCCGCGACAUAGACCCUCGCCAGAUGGCGAAUGCCUGGGACACCGUAGUGGCGGCAAAUCCUAUCCUGCGAACCCGAAUUAUACAAGCCCCAUCUGGCUAUUUGUUCCAAGUCGUGCUAAAGCACGGCACCGCUUGCUAUCUCCAAUACUCCGGUCUUGAGGAAGCAAAAAAUGUAGCGAAGAAGCAACAGAUUGGCCUGGGAAUGCCUCUGAUGCGGUGCUACUUGGGCAUCGAAGGCGACCUGACCCAUUUGGUCCUAACCAUCCACCAUGCUGUCUACGAUGGUUGGUCCAUGACACUUCUACUCGAACAGCUGGAGUCGGCCUACAGGGGUAUACAGCCAAGGAUCCAGUCUUUCACGGGGUUUAUAGACUACGUUGGCAGUCUGGAUCCUGCUUCAUGCCGUCAGUUCUGGCAAACUUACUUUGAGAGCAUCGACACUAUCUUGUUCCCUAAGCCACAGAGACACAACUAUCAUGCCCUCGAGGCUGCCAAAAUGCAACUCAUCGAGCAGAGGCAGGACAUACCGGCGGCUUGCUCCCGCUUUACCCUUUCAACCAUUGUCCGUCUUGCAUGGGCCCUCGUCCUUGCGAAGCACACAGACUCGCACGAUGUUGUCUUUGGGACCACUGUUGCCGGACGCAGCGCUCCCGUAGACGGCAUAGAGGAGAUGACUGGCCCAACCAUCGCCACCGUUCCGCUGCGGGUACAGAUCCAUCCCUCAUCCACUGUAGAGCAAUGUCUAGAUGACGUGCAGAGACAAACGAUUGCCAUGAUUCCCUACGAAGGAACUGGGUUACACAGAAUCCGAGACAUCAGUGCAGACGCCGCUAUAGCAUGUCAGUUCCAAAAUCUACUUGUGGUUCAGCAAAAGGGGAGUUUCUACCAGCCUAAACUAUUGCAUGAAGUGCACCGUUCCACGGACAAUAUUGCUGCCAUCAACACCUACCCUCUGACGCUGUUGUGCAAUCUGAACGGAGAUCAUGUUCUGACGCAAGCGUCUUUCGACCCACAAGUACUGGGUGCAGCCAAGGUCAACAAUCUCGUCAGCCAGUUUCACAAUGUCAUCCUCCAGUUGCUUGGUCCAGUGUCUCUCUCCGUGGCCGACAUCGCACUGGACGGAAAAGAGAUGCCGCACCAGCUACGAUCUUGGAACGAACACAUACCAUCCACGGUAGAUGCCACGGUAGAUGCCCUUAUUGGAUCCCAUUUCGAGAACCGACCCGAGGCGCCCGCGGUUCAUGCCUGGGACGGAGACUUGUCAUAUGGGCAGCUGAACAACCUGUCGGCUCAACUGGCCUCGAUACUUGUGCAGAGGGGUAUAGGCCCUGAAAUCACAGUUCCGUUAUACUUGGAGAAGUGCAGAUGGACGCCCGUGGCCAUGAUGGCAGUCCUCCGGGCAGGUGGCGCGUUCGUCAUGCUGGACCCGGCCCACCCACCUGACCGCUUGAAAAGUAUUAGCUCCCAACUAGAUGUGGCUAUAUUGCUAUCCACGAGUACACUCUCCUCAACAGCCCGACAUAUCGCUUCUGAUGUUCUUUAUCUCGACCAGCUAGACUUGAACGACGCUCACGACGACACGGUGUUGAUGCUGCCACACGGGGCCGGGGCCCAGAACAAGCUGUAUGUAGUAUUCACUAGUGGCACGACUGGGACUCCUAAGGGUGUUGUCAUCGAACACGGUGCAUUUCUAGCGAGCGCAUUUGCCAUUCAAGAUACCCUAGGCCUGGGACCCUCUACACGGGCCCUGCAAGCAGUGGCCUACGCGUUCGACGUCUCCAUAUUCGACCAUCUAGCUGUCCUUUUGGCAGGUGGCUGCUUAUGUAUCCCUCGCACCACGCACAUCCACAGUGAUCUGGGUGGUGCCAUCAAGAAGAUGGAAACCGACUACGCCCUCAUGACACCAUCAAUGGCCGAGCUCUUUCGACCCGAAGAUGUUCCUGGCCUACGCACAUUGGCUCUUGCAGGCGAGCCCAUGACAGCGGGCUUGGUGGCUACCUGGGCCGACCGCGUCAAGUUGAUCAACGCAUACGGCCCGGCAGAGUGCUCCGUCAUUUGCUCCAUCUUAGCGCCUGUCCACCGCCAGGGCCACCACCCCGCUAACAUCGGCUUCGCGACCGGCAGCGCGAGCUGGGUCGUGGACAAAGACGAUCACGACAAACUGGCACCCAUGGGCACGGCGGGGGAGCUGCUGGUCGAGGGUCCAAUCCUAGCGCGCGGGUACCUCCACGAUGUGGUCAAGACACAGGCCUCAUUCAUACUUGAUCCAGAGUGGACACGAAGGAUGCUCCCAGCACGCGCCCCCCGCCGAUUCUAUAAGACCGGUGACUUGGUACAGUACCAGCCGGAUGACGGAUCGCUGCUCUACAUCGGCCGCAAGGAUACGCAGGUUAAGAUACGAGGGCAGAGGAUCGAGCUGGGCGAGAUAGAAUACCGCGUCAAAGAUGGGUUUCCUGAAGCUGCGCGCCUGGUUGUAGACGUUUUCACGUCUGUGGACGAGGGUUCCACGCCCAUCCUUGCGGUUUUCGUCCAGAUGGCUCCAGAAUUUGCAAGCCUGAUGGGCGUACCAUCUGCUUACCCUCCUUUCGCCUUGGUUACAGAGGCGUUUAGCAGAUGCGUAGAGUUCGUACUGGCGCGCUUGCGCAAGACGCUGACAGCGGUUAUGCUGCCGGCCGUGUUCUUUCCUGUCGUGCAGAUUCCACUCACUGCGACAGGCAAGGCUGAUCGCCGAAAGCUUAAACAGGCGGCCUCGCGCUUCACACAAGCUGACGUUCGCCGGUACAUGCUGGUAGAACAGAGUAAGAAGCCUCCGGCGUCGGCCACUGAGAGACUGGUUCAGUCCACCUGUAGCCGCGUGCUCAACGUGCCAAUUGAGGACGUCGGGAUGAAUGAUAGCUUCAUACAGCUUGGUGGGCACUCAAUCUCAGCAAUCCAUUUUGUUGGUCAUAUUCGAUCCACCGGCUGGGUUGUGGAAGUGGCGCAUGUCCUCAUUCAGCCCACGCUGGCUGACCUGGCGGCUAAGUUGCGCCCCAGUCAGAUCACGGCGGCUUUGCCACAUGUUGCGCCUUUUAGCCUCGUGAGCGACCAGGAAAAUGUGUCUAAUAUGCGGCAUCAAGCGGCUGAUGCUUGCUCCGUGGCCGUCGACGACAUCGAGGACGUGUACCCGGCCACGGCGCUCCAGACAGGCCUGCUGGCCUUAAGCUUGAAGCGUCCAGGCUCCUACCAAGCCCACUUCCACCUGAAACUUGCAGCUCAUGGCGACAAGGAGAAACUCAAGCGGGCAUGGGAGGCCACCGUGGAAGCACACUGCAUCUUGCGCACCAGGUUCUUCCAGGGUGCUGAUGGCGAAUUACACCAGACUGUCGUUAAUACCGGGGUCCAGUGGCACACAACAACCUGUGGUGACGACGGUGUUCCAAGAGCAACUCGCUUUACCGUGACUCUAGGCGAUGCGCUUACCCGCGCUACCAUAGUCCAAGAACCCGGACAGGCCCAGGUCAUAUUGGUGCUCACGCUGCACCACGCACUAUACGAUGGUUGGUCACUCCCGCUGCUUUUCAAGGACCUCCAAUCGGCGUACCUGGGACAUGCGCUGCACUCAUGUCCAUUCAACGGGUUUGUGGCGUACUUAGGCCAAGUCAACGUGACUGAAAUGUCACAUUUCUGGAAAACGGAGCUGCAGGGUCUGUCGUCUGCCCCAUUUCCUGUACUUCCUACUGUUCACUACGCCCCGUCAGCCACCGAGGUUCUGGAGCAUACCCUUGAAUACCCCAAUGCAAAUGCUCAGUUCACAACCUCGACCAUCCUACGUCUGGCAUGGGCGGCCGUCAUCUCUAGCUACACGGGGCUCGAUGACGUCGUGUUUGGUACUACGGUAGCGGGCCGCAAUGCGUCCGUGCCAGGGAUUGAGGCCAUGACAGGGCCAACCAUUGCCACGGUACCGUUUCGCGUGCGCGUUGAUCCCACGCAGCGGACACAGGACGCCUUAGAGGCGCUGCGGACGCGCAGCACGCAGAUGAUCCCGUACGAGCAGGCUGGGCUCCAGCAGAUACGUACAUUGAGCCCAGAGGCGGCCUUGGCCUGCCAGCUCCAGAGCUUACUCAUCAUUGAGUGGAUGGAGCCGUCAGAGUCUGGCACUGAAUUCGCCGAUUUUAUCGUCGAUGCCAAGUCAGGCAAUGACGAUCGAGCGUUCUCCUCCUAUGCUAUCAACAUCACAUGUGAGCUUUUCGCCUCUUCGAUCAAGUUCUGCGUAGCCUACGACCGUGCUGUCACUGAACCUGGUGUCAUGAACAUGAUGCUUUUCCAGUUGAUGCACACCACAUCCCAGAUCAUGGCCAACUGUCCACUCGUUAAGGACACCUUGACUAUCAGUCCUGAAGGGAUAAAGUCUUUGUCACAGUGGAACACAAUUCCGCCUUUUGAACCAAGGUGUGUUCACGACAUGAUCUUGUGCCAUAGCCAGAGUACGCCCGAGGCGGUGGCGGUGAAGGCAUGGGACGGGCAGUUGACCUACAGGCAACUCGCGGCAUUGUCGUCACGCUUGGCAGCCUCGUUGCAAAAUCAUGCACUAGGUCACGAGCCUAUCAUUCCCUUGCUAUUUGAGAAGUCCAUGUGGACGGUUGUCGGUAUUAUUGGUACGCUCCUGGCAGGAGGGGCAUUUCUUCUGCUGGAUCCUACCCAACCUGCAGCGCGCUUACGUUUGCUAUGCGAAGUCGUCGGUGCUGAGGUUGUUAUUGCCUCGGAGAAGCAGGCUUCGUUGGCCGCCGCUGUGGCCCCAAAUGCGUCAGUGCAACUCUGUUCCGACGUGGCAAUCUGCGGAUCCGUUGGUUCUGAGCACGCAAAAGCGCUGCCUCCUUCAGACCCAAGCCGACUUCUGUAUUGUGUCUUUACCAGUGGAUCAACAGGGACGCCAAAAGGCGUUCUGAUUGAGCAUGCCUCUUUCUGUGCUAGCAUCGCCGGUGUGUGUCAGGUUCUUCCCUUUGGUCCAACAACACGCGUCUUCCAGUUCGCCUCGUACGCCUUUGACGUCGCCAUUACUGACCACCUGGUUCCCCUAAUGGUUGGUGGCAGCAUCUAUAUUCCACGGACAGAGGACGUGAAGAACAACUUCGCGGCUUGCUUGCGCGAGUCCGAAGCCACGUAUCUGGAGCUCGUCCCAUCUGUCGCAAGAACGCUGGACAGAGAAGUCGCAGCGAAGCUUGAUAUAAUCGCACUGAGCGGCGAAGCAAAGACGACCGCCGAUGUAGAGCGGUGGAAAGACCGCCUCGCGAGCGGGUACGGGCCUGCUGAGUGCUCGGCCACUUCCAGCUUCCAGUUUCCUGUCACGGCCAACGACCAUCCACAGGCGCUCGGAAUGAUGACAGGCGGCGCGGGCUGGGUCGUUGAUCCCGCCGACGUCGAGCGACUCGUUCCAGUGGGCGCAGUGGGAGAGCUGAUCAUCGAAGGGCCGAUUGUAGGCCGCGGCUAUCUGAAGGAUCCCGAGGGGACGGCCGCCGCCUUUAUAAAUCCAAUGCAGUGGCUCCAACGUCUUCGAGGGGAUACUCAGCCCCGGGUAUACCGAACAGGAGACCUUGUCCAGCUACUGCCGGCUGGACAUCUACGAUUCGUUGGCCGGAAAGACCACCAAGUGAAAGUCCGGGGUCACCGAAUCGAGCUGGGUGAGGUCGAGAACAACCUCCAUCCCCUGUUUCCCCAAGCGACAAACGUCAUUGUAGAAGUUCUAAAGCCGCGCGAACGACAGGAUCAAGCCUUCCUUUCGGCUUUUGUGGACUAUCCGGCUCCCCUGAGCCGACACAAUGAGCAUGGUAAGAUGACGCUCUUACCCCCAAGCCCCUCGUUCCUGGCCGAUGUACAGGAAGCAGAGCGGCAGCUUCGGGAUACGGUCCCAGCCUACAUGAUUCCAGUCUUGUUUCUUCCUGUGAACCACUUUACGCUAUCGAAUUCCGAUAAGGUUGACAGGAAAGCGUUGCGAGCGCUGGGUAACGGCCGAUCAUGGAAAGACCUCCAGGCGUACCUCAAGACCCGCAAACAUAGGCGCGCCCCAGAAACCGAGAUGCAGCAAGCUCUCGUGAUGCUGUGUGCCAAAGUCUUGAACGUAAACCCGGAAGAGAUCGACAUUGAUGAUGGCUUCCUUUCACUAGGCGGCGACUCCAUCAGUGCCAUGUCAAUGGUAGCCCACGGGAAUGCGCAACACAUCCGCCUCACGGUUGCUGAUGUGCUGAGCCAAUCCUCCCUCGAGAAACUUGCAGUCCGGGCACAGAAAGACAACUCGAUGUUGAUGGUAGUGUCGCACCCAGACGAGACAGCCGAGGUGCCCUUCGCCCUGUCCCCAAUCCAGAAGAUGUUCUUCGCCGGCAUGCCCCCCAACUUGCUGAAUCACUUCAAUCAGAGUUUCUUCGUCGCGCUCACUCAACGAAUCGCACCAGAUGAUUUGCAAUCGGCUAUUCAUAUUCUCUUGCGACGCCACGCCAUGUUGCGAUGCCGCUUCCACCAAAUCAACGGCGAAUGGAUGCAGACCAUCUUGUCCGAGCCGGAGCCACCUCUCUUCAAUUUUUCUAGCGUGCCCAAUCAUAUCGCUGUUGAAAAGAGGGUGCUGGAGAUGCAGCAAAGCCUCGACAUCAAUGAGGGCGUUCUGUUCGCCGUCCACCUUUUCGACAUCGAGAACCAAGGACAGUGUAUGCUACUGGUGGCGCACCACCUGGUGGUAGAUCAUGUAUCAUGGCGCAUUCUUCUCGCAGACUUGGAGCAGCUUCUUCGAAACAAGUCCGCAUGUGAAAUUGGGGAUGCACGGUCAUCUCUGUCCUUCCAGACAUGGUGCCAUCUUCAGAACCAAUUUGUCCGUGAACGUAUACAACCCUCAAUCACCACGCCAGGAUCCAUAGACGAGCAUGGACCUAUACCGGCAGAAACCCUACGCUACUGGGGCUUGGUAGAUAAGGCGAAUACGUACGCAGAUGUUGUGUCCAGUGUCUUUCGCCUGAGCCCGGCAGCGACAGUCAGCUUCACCAAGGACGCUAACACCGCGUUCCAGACAAGGCCGGUCGAGAUACUCCAGGCUGCCCUUAUCUACUCAUUCAUAAAAACGUUUCCCGACCGGGCGACUCCCGUUGUUCACAAUGAAGGCCAUGGUAGAGAGGCAUGGGACGCGUCCAUCGACCUCUCAAGGACGGUCGGGUGGUUUACGACCAUCUGGCCCACGCCGGCGGUGGUACAGCCUGAGCAGAGCCUUCUCGAGGCAGUCAAGCGGACUAAGGACGCACGUCGCCAAGUACCACGCAACGGGUGGGAAUACUUUGCCACGAAGCUCCUACAUAGCGAAGGUGCCCAAGGACUAGCACUUCCCCUGGAGAUUGUGCUCAACUUUGCGGGGUCUUUUCAUGAGCUGGAAGAUAAGAAUGCCCUGUUUCAAUUGCACGAGACCCAAUACACGCGAUUCGACACGGCAGCCCAGAUACCCCGUUCGGAGCUCUUCGAGGUUGCAGCCGUAGUCAAACAGGGACAAUUGCAGGUGCGCAUCUCAUAUCACCGACACAUCUCUUCUGAGCGGAUAGAAAAAUGGGCCGAGGCCUUCCAAACUGCACUGGAGGAAGCCUGUCACAUCCUACCCUCAACCCCGAAGCAGCUCACGCUCGCUGACGUCCCUCUCCUGGAUAUCGACUACCGUGGUCUCGACCAGAUGCUUAAACAGGUGGCCACCGUCUUCAGCGCCAACAUCCCGAUCGAGAUCGAGGAUGCCUAUCCCUGUACCGGCAUCCAACAAGGCAUGCUGCUCAGCCAGGCUAAGAACGCGGCCCAUUACGUGACGGGCACCACCUGGCAAGUUCGAGCCCCGGGGGGUGUCGACCGCCAUCGAUUCCUCGGCGCGUGGCAAGAGGUGGUACAGCGCCACGCGGCUCUCCGCACCAUCUUUCUAGAAAGUCAUGCGGGCCAGGUCUGGGAUCAGGUCGUCCUGCAGUCCACACCAGGACAUGUCAUCAUCCUAGAUACACAUGGCCCACCUCCCGCGGCCGAUGAUGUCGUGCCCAUCACGCCGAUAUGCCCCUGGCACCUUGUACUGCAUGAGGUGGGAGAUGGUAGCUUGACCUGCGACUUUCGAGUCCUUCACGCGCUCGUAGACGGCGUCUCGGUUAACCUCCUCCAACAGCAGAUCGCAGCGGCCUACGAUGGCAAGCGACUCCCACAGCUAACGACGGGCUUGAAAGAUUAUAUCGCUUAUGUGCACGACCUUCCACGCGACGCCGCCACUCGCUACUGGGCCAACUAUCUCGUGGGAACAGAACCCUGUAUGGUACCUAACGUCAACAGCGACACGAUAGAACGUGGUACUGCUGUGAAGUACGUCUUCCGGACGAUUCCUUGUCUCGUAGAGUUGCGCGCAUUCUGCGAACGGCACGGUGUUACUAUGUUCAACCUAGUCCAACUUGCCUGGGGGCUGGUUUUAAGGGCCUAUACCGGGGUCGAAACGCCCUGCUUCGGAUACUUGGUCACUGGCCGUGACGUGCCAGUUGCCAACGUAGAACAGAUCGUUGGGCCUUUUAUAAACAUGGUGGUUUGCAGGAUCCAUCUAGAGGGUAACAAAGCUAUUGCUGAGACGGCUCAGUCAGUUCAUUCAGACUUUCUUCAGGGUCUUGCCCAUCAGCACACAGCCCUCGUUGAGAUUUUCCACGAACUCGGUGUGUCUGGCCGGGGGUUGUUCAAUACUAUCGUAUCGCUCCAAACCAGAACGGAGGAGAAAGAAUUGCAGGGUGAGCCCUCGGGUCUGACCAUGCGUCCGAUCACAGGCGACGACCCGACAGAGUAUGAUCUCACUUUAAACAUCAGUCUAUCCAAAGAUAGUAUGGACUACGCCCUAUGGUAUUACGAGCAUUCGUUUCCUCCGGCACAAGUGGCGGACCUGGCAGGGGCAUUCGAGGCAGCCUUGUUGGGUGCUGUGCGCUCGGUAAAUACUCGCGUGCAAGAUAUCUCCCUCGUAGGCCCAGAUCACCUACAGUGGCUGCAUUCGCGGAACGAAGUACUUCCCGAGGCUUAUGAUGAGUGCAUCCACGACGCCAUCUCGCACGUCAUUUUCGAGAAACCCUCGGCGCCUGCCGUGUACGCGUGGGAUGGAAGCUUCAGCUACGGAGAGCUGGGACGACUGGCUUCGCUCCUGGCCCAAGUCCUGGUCCAGAAGGGCGUUCGAAGUGAGCAAUUUGUGGCGAUCCAUCUGGAGAAGAGCCUGUGGACAGCUGUAUCGAUGCUCGCCGUCCUUCAGGCUGGUGGCGCCUUUACACUGGUGGAUCCGUCUCUCCCACUAGCACACAAACAGGUCCUUUGUGAUGAGAUCGCGUGCCAAGUCUUGAUUACUUCGGCAGCUUCACGUUCUGCCCAGCCCUCUGUUCUGCACACCGUACAGAUUGGCUAUGAUCAGGCAGAUGAGUGGGCCACGACGUUAACCUGCGAAUCCGGGAGGUAUCCAGCGCAGCCUGACAAGCUCGCGUAUGCCGUCUUUACCUCAGGCUCGACAGGCAAGCCAAAGGGCGUUCUGAUCGAACAUAGGUCCUUCUGUGCCAGUGCGCGGGCCCAGCAUCGCCACCUGGCUAUAGACGGCGCAACGCGGGUCCUGCAGUUCUCAGCGUACUCAUGGGAUGUCAGCAUCAUGGACCAUCUAGGGACACUUAUGGCAGGCGGGUGCGUCUGCAUCCCUUCAGAGAGCCAGAGGAUAAACGAGCUAGCGGGCGCGAUCCGACAGUACGGCGCGACGUGGAUUCAGACGACGCCGCCUGUGGUGCGUCUACUCACCCCCGAACAGGUGCCUUCGUUGCAGACGGUGGUGCUCAUCGGUGAGACGCCUUCGCAUGACGACGUGAAGACUUGGCGCGGGCACGUGUCGUUACGCGAGACGUAUGGCCCCACGGAGUGCUCAGUCCUCGCUACCGUGAACUUGGAUCUUGCAGGCGACCCACGGAACAUUGGGCGGGAGAGUGCCAGCGUGUGCUGGAUCGUUGACGCUGGCGACCACAACAAGUUGCUGCCAGUCGGCGCCAUUGGGGAGCUGGUCAUCGAAGGGCCGAUUCUCGGUCGGGGCUACUUGAACGACGCCAUCCUGACAGACUCGGUGUUUGUGAAGGAUCCUGCCUGGGCGUCGGCGCUGCAUCGUCCAGGCCCCGUCCGACUUUACAAGACUGGCGAUCUCGCGCAGUACUGCUACGACGGCUCUAUCCGAUAUGUACGCCGCAAGGAUACACAAGUCAAGCUACGGGGUCAGCGCAUCCACCCGGGAGAUAUCGAGCAUCACAUUGCCGACAGUUUUGAGGGAGCCGAACGCGUUCUGGUAGACGUGCUCUCGCCAACGGCCGAGGGCUCUGGUGCGGUGCUGGCAGCCUUUAUCAAAGACGGCGACUUCGCGCCUGUGGGCGAGGCUGCAGUGCGUCCGGACGUGCUGGCUGCUCCCAACGAGGCCUUUGCCGCCAAGGUGGCACGGUGCCAGGCACAUCUUGAGAGCCGACUGCCCAAGCAUAUGGUACCAACCCUGUUCCUCCCGUUAGCCUGGGUGCCCAUGACUAGCACCUGUAAGACGGACCGCCGCCUGCUCCGAAGGCGAGCGGUCGAGCUAAGGCGGGACGAGAUGGCGCACUACUUGGCCGCGGGGCCUUUGGCCAAGCAGGCGCCGACGACACAGGCCGAGUACACGCUGCGGGACGCAUGGAGCCGGGUCCUGGGCAUGCCAGCGGACACUAUGGGCAUCCACGAUAGCUUCUUCCGUCUGGGCGGCGACUCCAUGUCGGCUAUGCGGCUCGUCGCCGAUUGCCGCGCGGUGGGGGUUGCCCUCACGAUGCAUGCCAUUUUCCAGCACCCAACGCUCCACCAGAUGGCGCUGCACAGCGCGGCUGGUGGCCACGCCUUCCCUUUGUCCCUGGUGCAGCGAUGCUUGAUUGAACGCUGCCUUGGCACCGACAGCGUGGGAUGCUUUCGGAGCUUUGUCGUGGAGAGCAGCCGGCCAGGCGUGGAUGCAGAGUGGCUACGACGCGCCCUGGGGGUCCUGGUUGACCGUCAUGCGGCGCUCCGUACGCGAUUCGAAGCGGCCAGCCAGGGAGUGUGGCAGCAGCGCAUCACAGAGGAGGUGGAAACGUCGUACCACGUGCGCGUGCAGCCUGCCCCUAUGUCCAACGAGGGCGAGGUCCAUGUCGCGCGGCAGCAAGGACCCAGCCGGCUCGACGUUAGGAACGGCCCACUGCUCGAGGUUUGCCUGCUCCAGGCUCAACCCGACGUCCAUGGCCAGCGCACCUACAUGCUGUUCUUCUGUCAUGGGCUCGUUGCGGAUGCAGCCUCUUGCCGCAUCUUGACGGCCGACAUGCUUGCCAUGCUUGAGCAGCCCGGGCAUGUCAGGACCGCCUCUGAUGACGCAGCCCCAGCAGCCUUCCAGACGUGGUGUAGCCUGCCGGGCAACAAGGCGCAUCUCAGUACCACGCCAGAUGGCGCGGCUGCGUGGAUGGAACCCGCUACGCAAGCGCAUCCGCAUCUGCAUCGUACCUGCCGACAAGUCCACCUCGGCGUGCCAGGCAGUCGCCUGCUCUGCGGGGACGCUAAUCGCGCCUUCUCAACACAGCCUCUGGACAUUUUGCACGCCGCCCUCGUUCACUCCUUCUCCCAGAUAUUCGGGCUCCAUGAAAAGCCCACCAUAUGCGUCCAAGGCGACGGCCGCCAAUCGGGGCAUGCCUCGCCGGACUUUUCGCGCACUGUAGGCUGUUUCGUUACCCUCUCGCCCCUUCAGCUUGAUGCAACCCACCUCGAUGACUUGGUCCAUCUGGUCCGCCUCGCCAAGGAUGCACGAAGACUACCUCCAACGUCUCGACUCAACACCGGCGAGCCUUCUGCACCAUGGCAACACGAGAUAGCCCUAAGCUUCGAAGCGUCGUGUUAUGACCAAGACCAUGGACUCAGCAACACCCCACAUGCAAUGCACGCUGCCCCCGUCGAGGUUUCUUGCCGUAUGGUUCAAGACGAGCUUGUCGUGUCAUUCAUGUACAACGCAGAAACAAAUAAUGAUGCCCUCAUGACCAAGUGGGCCAACACGUACUGUGAGUCCCUCGCCUCGGCAGUCGCAGAACUAGCCUCCAGAGCACCUGCCUACACCCUGAGCGACUUUCCCCUGCUCCAACUCACGUAUGAAUCCCUCAGCAGCUUUGUGCUUCAAGUCGAGCAUCUGGCCACGUCACAGGGCAACGAAGCUUUUCCAGCCAUUCAAGACGCAUAUCCGUGCGCGCCAAUCCAGCGUGGCAUACUCCUGAGCCAGUCCAAGAAUGUCCAUCUCUACCACCCUCGCUUCGUUUGGAGAUUUCACGCCACCCAGGCAGCAACAGUGGAGCUGCCUCGCCUCCGAAAGGCAUGGCAAACUGUCCUCCAGCGACAUGCCAUUUUCAGAACCAUAUUUGCGCAGAGCAGCGCCGAUGAUGGCUUCUAUAGCCAGGUCGUCUUGCGGUCAACACCAAAUAACAUAACCGAGCUACACUGUCUUGGCGACGAUCCUCUCAGCCUGAUUCGCAACCAGCGUGAAGCGAGUAACCUCGAAUCGCCAUAUCCACCCUGGCAUCUAAUUCUGUGUCAUACCACAACGGGCGAAAUCUUCUGCGACUUGCAAGUGAACCAUGCUCUCAUCGAUGGCACGUCCAUCGCCAUCCUGUCGCGCGAGGUUCAGCACGUGUACGCUGGCGUAGGCCCGGUUGGGGAAGGGCCUUGCUACCGUAGCUACAUUGAAUUCCUGCAGUCGACUCCUUCCAAUGCCAUAGUGGCCUAUUGGAAAAAGAAGCUCUCGGAUAUUUCGCCCUCCUUGUUCCCCAGGAUUUGCGCGACCCGAAUGCAUGCCUCAUCAAAACCGUCCGAGCGGGUGCUGCGGAGUGUCAAUCUUGAAAUUGAGGACGCAUCGCUCAUUCACCACUUCUGUGCCCAAUAUCAAUUGACUGUCUCGAAUGUCGUCUACGUCGCAUGGGCGCUUGUUCUUCGGUGUUAUGUUCAGUCUGAUGCGCCCAGUUUUGCCUACACGACGUCUGGGCGCGACGUACCUGUUUCAGGAGCAGAAGAGACGGUCGGCCCCUUCAUAAAUGCGCUGAUCUGCCACGUUCAGUUACACCCUGAAGCGACGCUCCUAGACGUGUUGCGCACUGUGCAGGGUGACAUCUUGAACAGCCUCAAUUAUCAAAACUGUUCGCUAGCAGAGAUAGGCCAUGCUCUCGCUAUCGAUACGGCUGAGCUAUUCAACUCGAGCAUAUCUGUCCAAGACAACACUCCGCACCAGGACUCGUCUGAUUUCUCCAUAGUUGUCACCAGUGAGCAAGGGGCCGACCCCACCGAAUACGCACUCUCCUUGCAUGCGUUGGUUAACAAGCAAACUGUUGCGCUUUCCAUCGACUAUUGGGAGCAUGAGUACUUGUCGUCCGAGCAAGCCGAUCGGCUCAUCUACACUUUCCGAGAAGCAAUCAAUACUAUCGUGGCGCUGCCUCAGGCCACCGUUGUGCAGGCCAGUCUGCUGAGUACCAAGGAUGUGGGCUUGAUCAAGCAAUGGAAUUGGAACACACCGACAAAGCAUGAGCGUUGCGUACAUCAUCUCGUUGAGAAGUACUUCCAAGACAGGUCCUCCUCCCCAGCCGUGCAUUCUUGGGACGGAGACUUGACCUAUGGAGAGUUGGACCAUCUAUCUGGUCGGCUUGCGGCCUAUCUUGUGACACUCGGAGCGCGUCCUGAGACGUAUAUCCCGUUAGUAUUUGAAAAGUCCAAGUGGACUGUUGUAGCCAUGAUGGCUGUUAUGCGAGCUGGUGCGGCCUUUGUUCUUAUGGAUCCGACAACCCCAGUCCGCCGCCUAGAAGACAUUUGCGCUGACACACAGCCCACCCUCGUUCUCGCCUCGGCCACCCAUCGAGACAUUUUGCAACACGUCUCGGCUCACACAAUUGUCGUAAGUGCCACAAGCGAAAACACGUGGCCCACUCUUGCAGUUCCUGCAGUCCAUGUUCAGCCAUCCAACGUCGUGUACGCUGUUUUCACCUCGGGUUCUACCGGAAAACCUAAAGGAGUCGUCAUGGAGCACGCCUCCUGCUGCUCGACGCUGGAGACGAACAAGGGACCCAAGGGUGUCGAUCAAAACACGCGAACUUUCCAGUUCUCCACCUACUCCUUUGACGUCAGCAUCAGCGACCAUUUGCUGGCCCUCACUCAGGGUGGCUGCGUGUGCAUCCCUUCGGCCUCCCAGCUACAGGAUAUCGAACAGGCGAUCCAGGAUGUUGGCGCAAACUGGGCCGAACUCACGCCUUCAGUCGCUCGGUUGGUCAACCCAUCCCACGUCCCGGCACUCCGAACUGUGAACCUUGGGGGAGAGCCUAUGACUGUCAUCGACAAGUCCCAGUGGCAGGGCUAUGCCCGGCUGGUCAACGCCUAUGGAAAUUCUGAGUGUGGCCCAUGGUGCAUGGCGCAGCCGGAAGUAACGGCGAGAAUGGGCCCGCCUGACAUCGGCGUUGGCACGGGUACGGUAUGCUGGAUUGUCGAUCCCGCCAAUCACCAGGCCCUCCUCCCAGUGGGUGCUGUCGGCGAGAUCCUCCUCGAGGGGCCUUCGGUCAGCCGCGGCUAUCUGCGCCAGCCUGAGCAGACUGAUGCCUCUUAUGUCCAACCCCCAGCCUGGAUUAAUCGCUUCCGGUCAGCAGUCUCGCGCCGCUUUUACAAGACGGGCGACUUGGCCCGCUACCAGCCAGACGGCACCAUGUUGUACAUAGGUCGGAAAGAUACACAGGUCAAGCUGCGCGGCCAACGUCUCGAGCUCGAAGAAGUGGCUUUCCACGUACGCCAGUGUCUGCCGAAGCAUGCUGACGUCGUUGUCGACUUGAUCCGUCCGUAUGGCGAGGACGCAAGGCCCAUGCUGGCUGCUUUCAUUCACGCGCCAGACGACCGCGGUGACCCUUGGCCCGAAGAUGACAAUAUCCUCAUGCCAGCGACGGCAGCUUUCCAGAGAAUCGCUCUCGUGGUUCAGACUGAACUACGUGCGAUGCUGCCCCGUUUCAUGGUCCCAACGGCCUUCUUGCCCCUAGGACGGGUUCCGCUUGGCGCCACGGGCAAGUUGGACCGCAAGCUUCUCCAGGCUUUGGCUGCCCGGAUGACGUUGGAUAUGCUCCAGGCGUAUAUAGCCCUGGCGCCCUCAGUCGACAAAGCACAUCCGGCGAACGAGCUCGAGGGGUCGCUUCAAGAAUGUGUGGCCUGCGUUCUCAACAAGAAGCCAGAGGAGGUUGGCCCGAACGAUAAUUUUUUCUAUCUCGGCGGAGACUCGAUUGGCGCCAUGGAGCUUGUGACCCGCUGCCGCCGUAAAGGUCUGACCGUCACUAUCCCCGACAUUUUCAGAUACAAAACAAUCCGUCAAUUAGCACCGCGAGUCAAGAGAACAAAGAUCAGUCGAAUGAAUGGCGGGGAAGAAAAAGCUGGGGUACAAUUUGAUUUGUCUCCGAUCCAGCAGGCUUUCUUUGACCGCGUCCCCGAAGGUCGGCUUCGCUAUAACCAAAGCUUUCUGGUCGAGCUCCGGGAGCCCACACAGUCAAUAGAGACGGCCAUAUACAUGUUGGUGAGGCGACAUGGCAUGUUGCGCGCCUUGUUUCGGAAGGAAUCGGGCGUGUGGGUGCAGAUGAUCACCGACAAGGUUAAAGAAUCAUUCCGCUACCGCAGCGCGGCCAUUUCCAGCGCAGAACUCAAUCAUCACCUCGAAGAGAGCCAGGCAGCAGUGGAUUGUCAAAAUGGACCAUUACUGGCGGUGGACCAUGUCAUUGUCGAUAGCCGCCAUUACCUUUCGCUUGUUGCACAUCAUCUUGUUGUGGAUCUCGUCUCAUGGCGAGUCAUCAUCAGCGAUCUUGAAGUGUUGCUAGGAGGUGGAUCACUUCUGCCGCAGCAUUAUCUGUCCUAUCUCAGCUGGUGCCGUACGCAAUCAGAACAUGCUCGCACGCAUUUGAAACCGCUUGAGACGUUACCGUCGUUGGAGAAUCUUCACGACUUCGAGGCCGAUGUUGAAAACUUCUGGAGUUGUUCGCAAGCCACUAACACUAACUCCGAAGCGAUCUCGGCUGGUUUUACAUUGGACUCCAACACCACAACGCUUCUUCUGGGAAUCGCCAAUGAGGCUCUACAAACAAAACCCGUGGAACUCAUACAUGCUGCCAUUCUCGAAUCCUUUCUUCGGACGUUCCCGGGACGUCGAUCGCCCAUUAUUCAUCAGGAAGGCCACGGGAGAGAGCAUUGGGAUAGCUCUAUCGACGUAUCUGAGACCGUCGGCUGGUUUACCACGCUUUUCCCCGUCCUGGUUCCCACAGCAUCGGAGUCGGACUUGGUCGAUGUGGUUCGACGCACGAAGGAUGCUCUGCGACAGAUACCGGCUAAUGGCUGGAGCUACUUUGCGGCUCGCUAUCUGCAUCCGGAAGGGCGACGUCUGCUCGAUUUGAAGAGACCUACGGAGAUUCUGCUCAACUACCAUGGGACAUACCGCAGCCUAGAGAGAGAGGGUAAUAUUCUGCAAAGCACGUCAAGAUUCGACGAUCUUCCCCCCAGCAUCGAUCCACAGAUGCCGAGAGAAGCCAUAUUCGUCAUAGAGGCCUGGGUCUCCGGCGAGAGUAUGCAGUUUGAAUUCACCUACAACCAGAACUGCCUUCACCAAGACUUGAUCCUUGAAUGGCUGGCGACCUGCCAAGGCCUUCUUGGCGCGGUCGCUGAGGAACUGUCACACGCGCCUCGUCAACUUACACAGAGUGAUUUCCCACGACUCAGCCUAACGCAACCGGAAAUGGAGACGCUUUUGCAGCACUUCUCGAGCUUGGGCAUCGCGGAAUCAUGUGUACAGGACGCGUACCCGUGCUCACACCUUCAGCACGGGAUACUAUUCAGCCAAAGACGCAACGAAGCGCUGUACGAAACCAGAACAAGAUGGAACCUGACGAUUACCGGGAUCGAUGAGCACAUGGCCGUUGGGUGCAUCGAGACAGCUUGGGAGACAGUGGUGGCCAAGUACGUAGCACUGCGUACCGUCAUUAUAGAAAGCCCUUCUAGCCGUCCAUACGACCAGAUCGUGCUCAAGGACGGCACCGGAAAUGUUUCCAUCUCAAGCCUGUUCGGCCAACGGAAAGAGAAGCAGGGACUACUACCCUGGUCCUUUGCAGUCAGCCAAGCUUCCGAUGGUGGCUUUGAAUGCGCCCUCACCAUUAGUCACGCUCUGGUCGAUGGCCGCUCGCUUCAGUUACUGGGCGCGGAACUCGCCGCAAUCGUGAAUGGAAGCACUGUAGGUCUCGAAACUUUGCAAUAUGGCGAGUAUAUCUCAUACCUGAGUGAUAUACCUGAAGAGAAUGUCAACGAAUAUUGGGGACAGUAUCUGCACGGGGCCACGCCAUCCAGAUUUCCCAAGCUGAGCGCCUCGUCUCAAGGACGAUUGCAUUCGGCUUCCAGGCAAAUUCCUUUCCGCAGUCUCCAACGAUUCUGCGAGGCUCAUGCAACUACACCUUUCAACGUCAUCCAGGUGGCCUGGGCUCUUGUGUUGCGCUGCUACGUGGGGACUGAGGAUGUCUGUUUUGGCUAUCUAGCCUCAGGGCGAGACAUUGCCCUCCCUGGAAUUGAAGAUGCCGUGGGCCUUUUUAUCAACAUGCUGGUUUGCCGUCUUCGGCUAGAUGACAGCCUCCCCGUUAUGACAUUGCUGGAGCAAAAUGAAAGCAACUUUGUUCGUAGCAUGGAGAACCAACACUGUUCCAUGGCUAAGAUACAACACGACCUUGGCCUCCAUAGCGACCCGCUCUUCAAUUCCGUCAUAUCGUACCAAGCUCGCACCGCUACAGGAGCUUCUGACUCGAACGGCCGUAAGGACAGUCAGGCAGUGAGGCUAGAUACGGUCGAUAUCGAUGACCCUACUGAGUAUGGCCUAGUUAUCAACAUCGAUGCUGCCAGUGACGGCAUCGGACUUUCCCUCACUUUCUGGGACGAAUAUCUCGACCCCGAGCAAGGGUUCGCGCUCUGUGACCUCCUAGUACAGGCGGUUGUGCAAAUUGCCGAGAAUCCCCUUGCCACAGUAGCAGACAUCGAGACGCUGAGCGAUGCGGACCGCAAGAAAAUAUACGCAUGGAACCAGAAACUUCCGCAGGCCGAGCGAGCCUGUGUCCACCACGAUAUAGAGGAGCAAUGUCGGGCGCGGCCUGAGGCACCUGCCAUCUGCGCAUGGGACGGCGAACUUACCUAUAGCGAGCUAGAGACGCUAUCCUCGGCUUUUGCCGUGCAACUCCAGACGCUUGGGGUUGGACCGAAUGUUUUUGUCCCUAUCCUGCUAGAGAAGUCCUUGUGGGUGGGCGUCGCAUUGUUGGCUGUCUUGCGGGCUGGCGGCGCAUUCGUCCUGCUCGAUCCAGCCCACCCUGACCUGCGUCUGCAGACCAUCUGCCAGACCCUAGAUUGUCAGAUCCUUAUCUGCUCGCCGAUUGAUCACGACCGAGCCGUCAGGUUGGCACCCCGAGUGGCGACUAUCUCGCCUGCCGAGCCGGAGCGCUGGCCAGCGGGCGAAGAUCUUUCAUGCCACGCGGAUCCAGGUCACGCGGCUUACGCAGUCUUCACGUCUGGCUCCACAGGGAAGCCCAAGGGAGUAGUCAUAGAACACACGCACUAUACAACCAGCGGGCGGUCUCUCCAGAAACGACUUAACGUUUCACCGCAGUCCCGCGUCUUCCAGUUCGCGUCGCAUGCGUUCGACGUCAGCGUCAGCGAUUAUCUCACGACCCUCAUGACUGGCGGCUGUGUCUGCGUACCCUCGGAGGCGGAGAGGCUCAAUAACAUACCCCACGCCGUUACUCGUCUCAAGGCCAAUUGGUUGCAUAUCACGCCCUCGGUUGCACGGACGAUACAGCCAUCGCAAGUCCCGGGAAUUCAUACUCUUGUGCUCAGCGGCGAAGCCCUUCAAGAGGAUAACUUGCAUACGUGGGCGCCCGUUGUCCAUCUGAUCAACGCUUACGGGCCCGCCGAGUGCUCUGUGGACUGUGUGGUCAACGACCAGGUCGCAUCGCACCCUGAGAGUAUCGGAAGAGCGAGUGCCGCUGUGAUCUGGAUCACCGACUUUGCGAAACCAGACCGGCUGCUACCUAUCGGUGCUGUAGGUGAACUCCUCGUCGAGGGCCCUGUUGUGGGAAGAGGGUAUCUCCAAGAGGACGAGUUGACCCGUCAGGCAUUCAUUCCGCAACCAGCCUGGCUACAGCGGUUACGAGGAGCGGAUGCCGCCAGCAGUAGGUUAUACAGAACCGGUGAUCUAGUGCAGUAUCUUCCUAGCGGUGCCUUGAAGUACAUUGGCCGCCAUGAUGGCCAAUCGAAGAUCAACGGCCAACGUGUGGAGCUAGGCGAGAUCGAAUCCCAUCUCAGCAGGCUCUUUCCAGCCUCGCGGGGUGUGACUGUAGCGCUACUCCCGCAGCCGCAGCUCUCGUCACAACGGACACUGACAGCCUUUAUACAGUGGGGAGAGGGUGCUUACAAGGAUACAGAAUGCCACAUCCUGAAAUCGAGUCUUGAUUUCUGCUCCAGAGUUCGCGAUGCCACAUCACAUCUCCGCAAGUGGCUGCCCCUCUAUAUGGUGCCUGUCCGAUUUCUCGCCGUCAGCCACAUUCCACUGAGCCGAUCAGGCAAAGCCGAUAGGACAAGACUCGGCGAGCUGGCAUUGGCCACCGCGUGUGGAGAGCCCGGUGAUGAGGUCCCGAAGCCGCCAAGGUGUCUGACCGUCGCAGAACAGCGAAUCCAAAGGCUAUGUGCCGACGUGUUGGGCCUCUUAUCUGACCACGUCGACAUUGAUAGUGACUUCUUCCACAUCGGAGGAGACUCCAUCAAGGCCAUGCAACUAGUGUCUCAUGCCCGCCGCGAGGGAAUGUCAAUAACGGUGGGGCAAAUACUGCGUUCCACUGCUCUUGCGGACUUGGGGAAGGCAUCCCCACAGCCCUAUGGCUUGCCAAAAGAUGAGGUUCUCAGCAACGGCCACACAGAACCUAUGGAUGCUCAUCUCCUUCGCUCCUUGCCUUGGCAAGCUCUGGCAUUCCAGGAACAUGAUGUAGUUGACGUCUUGCCCACUAUCGAAUUGCAGGCCUUCUCUGCGUCUCGGCCACAAAACUACUGGUUCUUGGAGCUUAAGGGACCCCUAGACACGGCACAGCUGAAGUGGGCUAGCCUCGAGUUAAUUCAGCACCACACCAUCCUUCGUACUGCCUUCGUGCUGCAGAAGGAGAAGACAUUGCAGGUGGUUCUGCGUCAACUUACAUCCCCUCUUAUCGAGCUGGAUACAUGUGGGACGGACCUGAUGGCGUUUGCCGUGGCAUAUAGCAGGAAGGAUUCACGUUCUCAGCGACUGUAUGGAGAGCCACCGCUGCGGCUGACCCUGGUCCGACGCCAUCACGAGCAUCAUGUACUUAUCAUGCGAUUAUCCCACGCUCAGUACGAUGGCUUGUCCAUUGUCAUCCUCAUGAAGAACUUGAUGGAUCUCUACCAGAAGCGCGACAUGGGCACGGCCACAUCUUUCACGGAUUAUACCCGCUAUUGCCUACGCAGCUACACAGAAGAGGCACUCGCCUAUUGGAGUGGGCUACUACGUGGCUCCUCUAUGACAGUGCUGUCAACCCAACGCCCGGAGCUUGCCCCUGUCGCCGCUCGAGCCACCCUAGUCGAGGUCAACGCCAGCGUGCCACGCUUCACGCCGCCGCCCGGCAUUACCGAUGCGACCGUAGUCAAGACGGCAUGGGCGCUCGCCCAAAGCCAGGUGCUGCAGGGACAAGCGGACCUCGUGUUUGGCCAGCUCGUCAGUGGGCGCAGCGGCGACCCUGGGCUGGCCGCAGUCGUGGGGCCUUGUCUGAACCUACUCCCCGUUCGAGUGCAGCUGGCAGGCCCAGGAGGCGGUGAGCACAUCGCAGUGCUGCUGCGCCGGGUUCAGGACCAGCACGCCGCCUCGAUCGACUUUGAAACACUUCCCCUUAGCGUAGUGGCAGCCCAAUGUACGUCUUGGGAUCCGACCGUCGAGUUCGGCUCUAUUGUGCACCACCGAUACGCUCCCGACCAGGUCCGUAUGCAUUAUGGUGUGCUGGAUGCCUACGUAGAUGCCUGGUCGCCCGUCUCACUACCAGGGCGGAACAUCUGGCUAUCAAGCAUCGUUGAUGAUGCCGGCCAGCUGCAGCUAGAUCUAUACUGCAGUAGCGAGGUAGCAUCGAAAGAACGGCUUGAAUACCUUUUAGACGCGCUUUGUAACGCGUUCCGAGCUCUAGUCACCUGCGGCGAUCUAGGUGUCUUAGGUGCCGCCGAAGCUUCUGGAGAAAGCGCCGGGGGCAGCAUAGCCAGUGCUUGA